AUGCGAGGGAGCGACGAGGGGAGAGGAGAAGCGGGAGAGGGAGCGAGGGGAGAGGGAGAGGGGACCAGACACAGCCCACCCAGCCUGGGACCCCGGACCACUGCCACCCCCUGUCCUCCCUCCACGGACGUCCAGGAGCCCCCCAGCUCCCAUGAAUGGGCUCCCGCUCCCCUCCCCUCCCCUCCCCGCCUCCGGGCCCCAGGAAAGAAAGAGCAGAGCGGAGCGAUCGGGGUGGAGAUGAGGAGAUCUUGCGAACGAAGAGAGCGACAGGGGGAAAGGCUGGACAGCAUAGAGUCGGUGGAGGAGCGCUUACGCGGAACCCUUUCCGACCAGCGUGGGGAGGGGCCACACCGGAACAGACCUGACAACCACCAUCAUCACCAGAAGGGGAGGGGGCAGAGGCGCCACCCCCUCCAGACCACGCCCCCGCGUGAGGAGGAGGAUGAGGAGAAUUUGAGCAGCUUUGAGAUUGAAAUGAGACCCCUUCAACCCUGCCUGGACUGCCAGGAUUGUGGGAAUGGGGAGGACUCUGCAGUGAGGAGAGAGCGAGAGAGGAAGAGAGGGAGGAGGAGAGGGAAGGCCAGGGCUGAAGAGGACGACGUCACUUCCUGCUUCUUCUUCGACUGCCCACAGGAAGUGACCUCGACAUCGGAGGCGCGGCCGGGAUUGGAGGAGAGGCUGUCGUCCCUGGCAACCACACUCACCAAUGGGCAAGGGCUACAGAAGAGAGGGGAGGAGCUUGAGAAGACAGAUAGAACGGCUAACUCUAUCAUAGUGUUGACUGUUUUUCUUCUCAAUAUUGGGCUGGCUUGCUGGUUUUCUCAUCUUUUCAGUUAGGACACAGAGUCCCCUUUCUUUCAGUUUCUGCCUUUACCGCUGCGUGAUGUUUCGCUGCGCCUCGAUUGCAUCUUUACUGCAAUUACACAAGCCCUGGGACACGCUACAGUUAACACUGCAAUUAAAAAUAUUCCUGGGCUGUAUUACAUUGUUUUUGCUCAGUCUGUGUUGCUUUGACUACAGCUCCCAGCAUGCCUCUGCACCCGCGGCA